AUGCGGUUGCUGUUGGUUGCCCUGGUGGGGGGUGCCUGCAGCCAGGAGGUGAAGAAGCCCAUUGUCACGACCGACCUCAUCCAUGGAACAGGGGAAUUGCUCUACGACAUGUACACGGCGGCAUAUCACAGGUUCUUGGCCCACCACGUGGACAAGCACAGCAAGUCGGUGCGAGAGGCCCUCGAGCCCAUGAUGCCGCAGGACCCUGUGGGAGACCUUUGCCAAAAGGUGGGCGUCGAGAAGCAGGAGAUUUUCCGCAGGGUGGACUCAGCUGCAGAGCUGGCCAGCAAUGCGCGGGAGACAGCGCAGGUGCACGGCUCCAAAGUUCACUUGGUCCUGUCGCAAGUCACUCACGCCGUGAUCGAUGGCUUUGAGCGGCUUCUCCCUGCGCACAAGGGCAUCAUCUCCCGAACACCUGGGGACUUGCUGCUCUUCUGCCUCUGGGUGGUGACCGUGCUCUACAUCACUCUGCAGAUUGCUCUCGUCGCCUUCCGCAUCUCCUGGCGCGUCUUCCUUUUCGGGCUGAAGCUCAUGUGCUGUUGCGGCUGCCUUGCGCCUAUCCGCCUAUCCGCCUGCGUCGGGGCGUGGUGA